UUAAAUGCCUAAGUUGUGUGAAAAAAUCAACCAAUUCUUAAGAUAACAUGUUGUGGAGAAAUAUCUUCCAUUAACAUCUCUUGUUUGGAGUACUAAAAUCACUCCGAUAUCAAAUUAAAGCCUUGUUAUGGAUAAUUCAACAAUCUAUGUUAAAGUGCACCAGUAUUCAUUAUUAUUAAGCUAGACAUUAUUUAAGGGAAAUGGCCAGAUAAUAAAUAAUUAAUAGAUAAAAUCAAGAAAUUACCUAAGUCCAAGAAGGAGGACUCACAGAUUUUAGUAAUUUUCAUCAUUAAUAUCAUAGUAUAAAAGAAUAAUCAAUAACGAAUAGUUGUCAUCCCAUAAUUUGAAAGGUAAUUAAGUGAAUCUAAUUGCACAACUUAAAUACACGCAUUACAGCUGAUAAAUUAAAAGGAAUUAGAAACUACUUACUUUAGCUUAGAGGACAUUGAAACAACAUACAGUUCCUACCCAGAGGAAUUAAAUUACAGUUUCAUUGAUGAAAGUAUAAUCUAAACACAAUGAAUGAUUAACAUUAAAUA